AUGUGGGACGAAUUUCUUAGUAUAUGUCAGUUAAUUUUUGAAACUAAAGUCGAAGACAAAUUUCCCUGUUUUCUCGCUGAUGACUUGUGGAAAGUUACUAAUUGUGACAAUAGAUUCGAGAAAUUGUCAGUUGAACAGGUGAGGUUGCAAAAAAGUGUUAUUCAAAAUAGUCCGGCCGUCCUGGAAUUUCUUGAAGAGCAUGGCAAUAUACUGAGUGAUGUCCAAAAAAAUGUGAACAGUUUUAGGUGCCAGGGUGAUCCAAAGUUGCAGAAUUUCGGAUUGAAUGAGCUGCGAUUAGCGUCCAGUAGAUUUGAUGGCACCGGUUGUCUCAAAACUUUCUUAAAAAAGUUUGAGAUAUGUGCCAGGUACAAUAAUUGGAAUCUCGUAGACAUGGAAGCGUAUUUGUCAUGUUCGUUAACAGGUGAAGCUUCACAGGUUCUCUGGGAUUUAACAGGUUUAGGUUACCAAGAGCUGGUAUCUAAGCUAGAAGAUCGUUUUGGAACAAGAGGUCAUGAAGAGUCAUACAGGUACGAAUUACAGAUUCUUCGUCGAAAACCUG